CAAAAGCUACCACCAAUUUUAGCAUACAAUAUCCAAAAUCUAUACCAUCUCUCGUUUGUUUCACUUUGCACCAAAACGCACAUGGAGCUUAUCGUCACCUCCUGGCCCCCCUGAGCACACCUUCCCCUACAUUCUCAUUUUUGCAAUAUUUGGUUAUUUCUUGGGACUUCCCAUAUCCAAAAAUGAAAACUUGAUCUUCUCUGGACCUGUCCUAAAAAGUACAUUUCAUUUCGGAUUAGAUUCAAAUUAGUAGCUUCAUGUUCAACUCAGGGAUCGAGAUUGAGGGAUACUAUUUUAUAUAUCAAAUGGGUUUGCAGUUUGCAAAGCAGGGGCUAGGAAAGGCAGGGACAUCAAAUUUACAACAUGCUCAGUAUUCGAUAAUUAAUUACCUUACGAAGAGUAUUUAUCUUCGUAACUUGGUAUCCAAGCAUCGAAGGCGAAUGCUUGUUGCAGGAUAUGAUCUUGACAUGACAUAUAUUACGGAUAAAUUAUUGGCUAUGUCAUUCCCUGCAGAAAGAAUGCGAGCUAUGUAUCGUAAUCCUCUUUGGCAGGUGAAAUCUGUGCUGGACAUGAGACAUGGGGGGCAUUACAAGGUUUAUAAUUUAUGCAUUGAGGAAACCUAUGAUCCAGCACAUUUUCAUGGUCGUGUAGAGGCAUGUCCUUUUGAUGACAAUCAUGUUCCACCUCUGGAAUUGGUCAAGCAAUUUUGUGAAAGUGUUCAUUCAUGGCUAUCUCAGGACCCCAAAAAUAUUGCAGUUGUGCAUUGCAUGGCAGGCAAAGGUCGAACAGGAUUAAUGGUCUGUGCCUACCUUGUUUACAGCGGGAUGACAGCAGAGGAGGCUCUUCAGUUGUAUGCAAAUAAAAGGACUACCAACAAUGAAGGAGUCUCAAUACCAAGCCAACGUCGUUAUGUAGCCUAUUGGGCAAGUGUACUUUCUUUUCCCAAGGAAAUUGGAAGUGGACCUCCUGUAGUAAGCCUACCUCAAUCUUGUAGCAGAGAAUUGAGGAGAAUCCGUCUUUAUGACAUGGUUAACACUGAAUCAAUCUUCUUUGUAGUCUCAGAAUUGCAAGAGGUUAAUAGCCAGCUAUAUCGUCCGCCAGGAGAAGUUGCAAAGGGUUGCUGCAGACCAAUUAGAGAAGGAGACCAGAAAAAUAAAAGUCCUCGUUAUUAUAUUUCUUUCAUUGGAGAUGCUGAUGAAGAAGGGAAGAAAUCAGAAACAGAAGAACCUCGUGUUGUUGUUCAAAUGGACACAGAACGUUCCAUAAUCGAUCAGAAAAAUUGUCUUGAUUACUCUUUCAAUAAACCUGUAGAAGUUAAAGGAGAUGUGCGUGUGAUAUUCUACCAGAAAAUGAUAGGAGGCCGCCUCUUCUAUGUCUGCUUUAAUACAGCUUUUAUCAAGAAUAGCUUGUUACAGUUCUCAGUGAGGGAUUUGGACAAAAUUGGGAAGAAGGGUCAAUCAAUAUGUGGUUCAACCUUCUGUUUGGAGUUGCUUUUCGGACCAGCUAAUUCAAAGUCUUCAUAUGAUAAUUAUGAUGAUGGUGGCCUGAGUGACGAUAGCUUCUGAAAACCAGAUAUAUUUAAAUACUGUACCAAUUAAAAGAGUUACAUACAAAUAUGGUUUUAUAUAUACAUGUAUAUACAUACACAUGCCUCCUCUCAAAAACUGUAUUAUCUGUUGUCUGACCACUGUAGUUCAUUUUUAUAAAUAGUGGGGCUCUAGGAAUGGGAGGAAAUUUUGUAUGUUUUAGGUUAUGAUUAUUAUGAGGCCAUUUUGCAGAAGACUUAUGCUUCAAAAGUUUUGUUUCUGUA